GUUGAGUGUAUACGUGUAUCAUUCCACACAAGUUCCUGUACUUAUAACUCAUAUUUCAGCUUCCAUACUAUUUAAAGGGAUAUUGUUUGAAUACGCCUGCAGUUUUAGUUAUCAAUCGUGUAGUACAAUGUCGAAGUUCCAGUCAGAUAAGAAGAAGGGGAAUGGCGCCCCUGGCGCUGUGCAGAAGAAAGCGUACGGUGCUAAGAAACCUAGCACAUACUUGCCAAGAGAAGAAAGACCUGUGCGUAAAAAUAGCACACCCAAUGAAACCCAGGAAAAAGCUGAGCUAAAGACUAAGAAAGAACUCAAGAAAGAAAGGCAGCUGGCCAGACCACACGGAGAUAUGAUGUUCCAGGCGAGACAGUUGUGGGAGAAAGUUAGAGAUACGAGCAAUAAGGAUAAGGAGGCACGCAGAGAGAAUGUGGGAAAGUUAGUGAAGCUGUUAGAAGGAAAGAUGGCGGAUGUUAUCUUCAGGCACGACGCAGCCAGGAUUAUCCAGGCGAUGGUACAGUUCGGUACGGUAGAGCAACGAGCGGUUAUAUAUGGGGAGUUGAAAGGCCAUCUGUUGAAUUUGAUGAACAAUACAUAUGCCAAGUUCCUGGUCAAUAAAAUGUUGGACUAUGGUACCCCGGCUCAGAGAGAGGAUAUAAUUAAGGCCAUGUAUGGCAAUGUUAGAAAGUUAGUGAAGCAUCCCGAUGGAAGUGAUGUACUGGAGCACGCAUUCUUGGAGAAAGCCAACGCCGCACAGCGCAACGCAUUGAUUCAAGAGUUCUACUCGCCCGAGUACGCUCUGUUCAAAGACACGGAGAUCAAAUCUCUCGCCGAACUCAUCGCCAAGCACUCGGAUAAGAAAGAACCCGUCACCAAGAGUAUGCUGGACCUGAUCUUGUCGUGCGUAAACAAAGGGGUGGUGCAACCCAACAUUGUGCACCGAGCGAUCAAGGAGUACUUUGAGGUGGUUGAUGUUGCCGAGAAGCAGGUGCUGUCCACUGCACUGGCGGAACAUAUUGUGGCUAUGCUGCACACGCGCGAUGGGUCCCUGGUUGCUAUGGAAACCAUCUGGAAUUGCGGCGCGAAAGAUCGUAAGACUAUCGUGAAGGCGUUCAAGAAACACGUGGUUCAGGUCGCUAUGGAAGAGUACGGCCACCUGGCACUGUUGGCUCUGUUCGACAGCAUGGACGAUACUGUGCUGAUGAAGAAGUCCAUCCUCAACGAAAUAAAUGACGAGCUCCUAACCGUAUGCCAGAAUAAAUUCGGCCGAUUGGUUAUGAUAUACCUUUUACAUCCAAGAAACAAGCGGUAUCUCAUGCCCGCUUUACAGACGCGCCUGGAACUUGGAGAUAUUAAUGUGUACAGCAAGAAGGAUCGAGUACAACGUCAGAACGAGUUGCGUUAUGCGGUACACGAUCCUCUUUUGAAGGCCAUCGCUGGGCAGACGUUCGACUACUUAGAGACCGGAAAGAUCUGCCAGGUGGUGGAGGAGGCACUCUCUGCUUCGGAUGUAUCGAACGAGAAUAGAGCGAAUGCCAUAAAGGCCAUCCUGGCUGCCGUAGUCGAGGAUCAGACGUUCUUUAAUAACAACGAGAGCGGUUUUCUCUUCAAACGUCUUGUGCAAAAUGGGACUAUGAUAUCAGAUGAAGAAUCUUUUGCGCAAGGAAUCUGGGACUCCGUAAAGGAGAACAUAGAGGCACACUCCAAAACCACACAGGGAUGCUACAAUCUCACGACGCUUUUGACCUGUAAAUCACUCACCCUCGAGCAACGCAAGAGUAUAGGCGAAGACAUUCAUAACAAGCUCGCAUCCUUGGACGCUCUCUCUAAACCUGAUGCCAAGAACGAACACGGUAAAUUGACACCACAAGCGGUGCUUGCAAAGGCGCUAAAGGCCGUCCAAACUGAGCAGGAGGGAGACAAUGACAGCGAUGAGUCAGAUGUAGUUGCAGUAGACUCGGCGAGUAUGGCGCAGUUGAAUACGGUCGAAGAUGUAGAGGCUGAGUUGAAAGCCGGGGCUCAGAAAAAGAGGAAAUUGGAAGAAGCUUUAGAGAAGCAAGAGGGUGAGAAGGCAGCAGGGUCGGCUAAAAACUCAAAGAAAAGCUCAAAGAAAUCCAAGAAGAAUUAAAAUAGCGUGGUCAAUUAAAUCUGUAUAAUAAAUUAGAAUUAAUCAAG